ACACAGCGGCCAUUCGUUUAAAGUGCAGCGGCCGAACCAACGUGUUUGUCGAACCUGUUCAUGAAUAAUAAUCACAGUAACAUUAUAACCCACAGUCUUCGACACGAUGGAGGACAAAUAUUUUCAGCGUUAAGUGUCGAGCGAACCCUCCUCGACCUUCCUUUUCUAACCGAAGACACGUCUCUAACCGACGGAUAACCACAGCAGAGCAGUCCGAGGAACACUCGGCUCCCUACGUGAAACCCGAUAAGACACGAAGGGAAAACUCGUCCCGCCGCCGCACGUCUGCGCGGUGGCCCCACCACCUCUGGGUCCAACCCUCCAUCCGCCGGGGGGAAGGAGGCGGUGGCGAGACGGUUGAAUGACGGGCCGUGGCUGUGUUGACACUCCACAGCCGAGCCAGCCCCCGGGACCCGCACCGGCCGACAUAUUCCACCUCGUUUGACAGCACAUGAGAGAGGACCAGAGCCGGUUCGUGUCUAUAGCCACCGCGGGAUGCUGCGGACCCUGUGCGGGCUGCGCGACGGGUCACGGGACGGUGCGGUGCCGAAGCGGCUGAGCGGACGUGUUCACAGGUUGGUGAUUUGUCACCGAGCAGGGGGGAGCCAGAGGAGAAGUGAAUGUAUAGCGUGAGUCUCGAGGAUUCACAGAGACACAGGCUCACGUUAAAGGGAAGAAUAGGCGGCGCCUGCUAAUUCCUAGACCAAGACAAACAUCCGACGAGAAUGACACUUCCACCGUUCGCGGGUCGGAGUUUAAUCGCUGAAGUUGCCGCUCGGACCCGGGCUACGAGCAGCGCGUGAGCGGCUCUUUAUGUCAGCAUAGGAUCGUCUGCCGUUUGACAGUUAGCCAAUCAAAGCUGGUGUUCCCGUCGGCGCUCUUAUGUCAGUGACCUAUAUCUCAUGCAUGUGCGCCAAGAGCCCACAGUAACCUCAGCACCACAGCAGACAGCAUGGGGAUCAACGGGUUAGACAAUCAGGCGCAGCCGUCCAGCGGCGAGUGCCGCACGGAGCAGCCGACGGCAGAUCCCCAGAUGGAGCAGGGGGAUGCUCCCCAAGAAGCAGACGGCGGCAAGAGCGACCAGGCGCCGGGCAGCGAGCGCAAAAUCGUGCGGGAGGACAGCACCGUGCAGAUGAUCGAGGCCGGGUGCAAGCCGCCCGUCUCCCCGGCUUCAGACUCGGAGGCGGGGAUCCAGUCGGAGAGAACCGGGCACGAAUUUGUCCCACCCGAGGGGGGUUUCGGCUGGCUGGUGGUGCUCGCAGCCACCUGGUGCAACGGGUCCAUCUUCGGGAUCCAAAACUCUUUCGGCAUCCUGCACAUGAUGCUGGUGAAGGAGCACGCAGACCCAGACGACAAGACGUCUCAGUUCAAAGUGGCCUGGGUCGGGGCCCUGGCCAUGGGCAUGAUCUUCUUCUGUUCCCCUGUGGUCAGCAUGUUCACCGACCGCUUUGGCUGCAGGAAGACGGCUGUCUGCGGCGCACUGCUGGCUUUCAUAGGCUUGCUCAGUACAUCCUUUGCAAACUCCCUCGGCCUUCGUUAUUUUACAUAUGGCAUACUGUUCGGCUGUGGCUCCUCCUUCGCGUUCCAGCCCUCGUUGGUCAUCCUCGGCCACUACUUCCGUCGGCGCCUGGGACUGGCCAACGGCAUAGUGACAGCCGGUGCCAGCCUCUUCUCCAUGGGCCUCCCAGUUUUCCUCAACAAGGUGGUGGAACCUCUGGGCCUCAGCAGGACCUUCCAGAUCCUCAGCCUCUUCAUGCUGGUCCAGGCGCUGCUGGCGCUGGCAUUCAGACCUUUAAUGCCUGCUGGAGGAGGCAUGGGACCCCCGGGCAUGGGUCCUGGCUCUGCUGAGCCCCAAACCCAGUCGGGGGCUACUGCUCAGGGUGCAAGCCUUUGGAGCAGGGUUCUAGCUGGGUUCAGGAAAUACUUCAACCUGCGUGUGUUUCACAUCGUGACAUAUCGGCUGUGGGCGUUUGGAGUAGCUACAGCUGUGCUGGGCUACUUUGUACCGUAUAUACAUCUGAUGAACUUUGUGAAGGAGCGCUUCGAGGGGACCCAGAAGGAUUGGGUUCUCCUGGUGUGCAUAGGAGCUUCGUCUGGCGUGGGACGCCUUGCUUUCGGAAAGAUCGGAGACCUUAUUCCAGGCCUUCAAAAGAUCUACAUGCAGGUGGUGUCCUUCAUCGCUCUGGGCCUGAUGUCCAUUUUGAUUCCUCAAUGCCAUGCGUUUGAGGCGCUGGCGGUCGUGUGUGUGUUCCUGGGCCUGUGUGACGGCUGCUUCCUCACAAUGAUGGCCCCCAUAGCGUUCGAGCUGGUCGGGCCCAUGAAGGCCUCGCAGGCCAUAGGAUACCUGCUGGGCCUCAUGGCUCUUCCAAUGACGGCAGGUCCACCCAUCGCUGGUCUCCUACAUGAUUACUUUGGGAACUACACGGUAGCCUUCUCCCUGGCUGGGGUGCCUCCUAUGGUGGGGGCCGUGGUGCUGUUCUUUGUGCCCCUGAUGCACUCCAGGAUCCAGCGAGGCCAGGCCGGGGCGUCACCAGAGGAGACGUCCACGACCGCCCACAUGUUGCCCACCACGCCGCUAGCAGAGGAGCCCAAGAGCUGCACCAAUGGAGACAUCCUCCCCGGCUACACUGACGUAGAGACCCACAUCUGAGUCGCACUGUACAAAGGGAUUCAGCCCACCAGCACCUUUUCUCAUCCUUCGAUUGCGCUCCUCCCAACCAGAGCUCUCAACCAUGGACUUCUGUUUGCUGACCUUUGACCCCACCUGGCCCUCAUUGGCUGUUUUGUUAUUUUCACAUGGAGAGAAGUGGAAAAGGGCACUCUGGCUACAAACUGCAGAAAGGACAAAAAACAGGUGCAUCAGGGUAGUAUGAUGGAAACAUUUAGGGAGGAUAAGCACAACAAAGUCUCUACUCCAAUUGUUUCAUCAGUGGGGACUCUGUAGUAAUAUAAACUGUACCUCCAAGAGGAAAGAAAGGAAUAGAUUUUACCUGACAGCGGUAGUUUCUGAUUUCACAGCAAGUAUGACUAGAAAUAUAUUAUAUUACAUAUAUUUUAAGUCAUAAAAAUGAAGAAUAGUCAUAUUUACGACUAAAAAUGACAAUUCUUUAUUUUUAGAUUCCUUGUAAACACAUUUUGAGGCAUAUAAAAACUAGUGAAGGGAUAAAUUCUCAAUUUCUUUAUGUAGUACCUCAUGCAUCAAAGUUUUCUCAACACACUGCAGGUUUUACUUUGUUCUACUGUUUUCUGCUGAGCCAGCGACAAGAGAAUCAUAUGUACAGUACAUGUUGUAAAUGUCACUGCAAAUUCCUCUGAGAAAUCAGCAACCAGACACAAUCACCUCAAUUCAACCGCACACUGUUCCACACGGUGCUCAAAGCCAGGGUCUCAAACUCAACUACUCAACCAUCCUGCCUGCACGGGAGACACAUAUGUGACUUUGGCGGCUGCUGAUUCCACUGAUUUAUUUGCCACGGACUCGUGUGUUGGAUUUUUCUAGUGUUAUAUUAUAGGUCAGUUCACUCAGAGGUGAGCAGUAAGAUCAGUGCAUCUCCUACACCAAUCACCGAGAGGAAACACCACAGUCGAUACAAGGUCUUCUCGUGAGUCAGCCUUAACUUUCAGCUUUCGAUUAUGUCUGUUUCUCCAAUAACACUUAAUUUGUCUUAUUGGCCUUUAAAAUUUUUAGCAGGGUGCUGGAUAAAUCCACAUGAACUGUUUGCUAUGAAUAGUUUUGUAGUGUGCACACUGUUUACUCAUAUUAGUAGAAAAAGCUGGAAUCACGCAGGCCUCAUGGCAGAUUGACGACUGUCGUUAACUUUAGAUUUUCAUCAUAAUAACAAAAGGCAUUUUUUGACUUUUUAUCUUGAGUUUUCCUGUGUAUGAACGAGUGUAUGUGUGUGUACUUGUUUUUGUUGCCACUUUAGGACCUUUUCCUGCAUAAACACUGACUUUGUCAGGACCAGUAGACCUUAUGGGGACCACAGCUUGGUCCCGAUGAGGCAAAACUUAAUUUCUGAGCUCCUGGUUAAAUUUAGAGGUUAAGAUAUGAAUGGUGGUUAGAUUAAGGUUAGGGUUGGUUAUGAAUUGGUCAUGGUAAAGGUUAGGGAUAAAGUUUUGGUUAGGCUGUCCACCACGAUUUAAAGUCGUUGCAGAGUCCUAGUCAGGAUAGCUGCACAAAAAAACCUGUGUGCGUUUGUGUGUGUGCGUGUACAUGUGCACGUGUGUGUCUGUGUGUGGCACCUGUGCAUCUGCAUUAGUAGUAGAGGCAGUUCUGUAAUAUGAAACUCGGAUGUUACAGUCUGUUGAUAAGAAGGGGACUUCUGAGAUUAAAACUGCCGAACGGCCCCGGGGCCCUCAUGAGGCCACUUCACAGAAACAAUGAAUUUGCUGCUGUAGUUUAGUCUCGUCAUGAGCACCUCGAUCACUGUGUUAGCAGCUGUGAAACAAAACGUUACAGCCUGCUCUCUUAGAUUACAAUGAACUGUAAUGACCAGAUGUGAAGUAGAGCUGCAAUAAUGGACAGUUUUUAGUGUUUUGAGUUCGAGUUACACUCUGGUUAUCUGCGUACCAGAA